UCAAAAUUAGUAUUAGCAUAUAAAACACUGAACCCUCCCUACAAGUGGAGGAUUAAAUGCUCUUUUAAUGGGCUAUAUGCAGUUCUUAAGCAGAUAACAUGGAUACUUUCUUGAGCAAAGAUUUGACCCAGUAAAUGGAGCUGAAGAGCAAACAUUUUGCAAUUAAAAUAAUUGCAGAAUUUUAAAAUGCUGCCGUGCACUUAUGGAAUAAUUGUGGAAUGGCUGCGAAGGCUCUAGGGGAGACCUUGAACAACGGUGUGUUUAGUCCUGCACAGUGCCUUGCUGUCUAGCGAGAAGCCGAAAGCUGAGCGGAAAACCGGGUGUGAAUGAAUCCGUCCCCUUUCUCACCGUCGCGUUUCCGAUGGGGAACCUGGGGACUAGUGCAAGAAUUGCCUGGGGAGCUGGUGAUCUUUAUCCUUAAAUGAGUGUGUGUAACUAGUGAAGACAGUGAUGUGUAUUUGUUGGGGUGCAGCAGAUGGUACAGCGCUGCAAGCCCGUGCGAGCGAGGGGAGGAUUGGGACCACGGGAUGCUCCUAAAACAUCUGCUCUGCACAGGAGAGAAGAAACGGGCCCGUGCCCUGCGGCUGGUACCGCUGUGCCCGUGCCGCCGCGGCCUGCCUGCAUGCCCUCGCGGGGCCGGCUCGGCACCGGUGCCGGGCACAGGAGCCCUGCGUGGCCCAGGUCCUGCGUCCGCCCGUCCCACCCCUCUCCGCAGGGAGCAUCCAGGGAAUCCCACAUCAGUAAGAAACCAAGAUGCCGUUUAAGGAAGGAAUCCCUGCUCAGGACAAAUGACGGAGCACCGCGGAUAAGGGUCCCCCGCUGACCAGCGAGACAUGCGGUAGGAGCCGGCGCUUCCCAUCGGAGAGCGAUGCUCCUCGAUGCUGCACGGCCCAGCGCGGCAGGGAGAGCGGCUCGGAGAGGCCGGGAGAUGCACCGAAGCGGCUGCCUCCUCGCAGGGCUCAUCCUCAUCCUCGGCACGGCCGGCGCGGGCGGUUUUGCCCAGGCAGGGCGCCGCGUGUGCAGUGCGGAGCCGCGGAGCCGGCCGGCCGCCGUCGCCGAGUCCCACGUGCAGCCCGUCUACCAGCCCUACCUCACCACGUGCCAGGGGCAGCGGCUCUGCAGCACCUACAGGACCAUCUACAAGGUCGCCUACCGGCAGGCGUACAGGCAGGUGCCCCGGCCCGCCGCCCCGUGCUGUCCCGGCUGGACCCGCGCGAGCAGCCACGCGCUCGGCUGCGACCAAGCUCUCUGCCGGGCGCCGUGCCGCAACGGGGGGAGCUGCGCCUUCCCCAACAGAUGCGCCUGCCCGCCGGGCUGGACGGGACCGGCCUGCGAGACAGACGUGGACGAGUGCGCCCGCCGGAGUCAUGGCUGCAGCCAGCUCUGCCUCAACACGGCCGGGAGCUACCGCUGCGCCUGCCGCCCCGGCUUCAGCCUCGCCGCCGACGCCAGAGCGUGCCAGCCCGCAGCACCGGCCCCCGAACCGGAGCCACGCGGCGCCAGCCCCGGAGGUCCGUCCAGUGAAAUGAAGGAAGAAAUGAAAGACUUGAAGAACAGGGUGGAAGCGCUGGAGCAGAAGCUCCAGUUGGUGCUGGCCCCCUUCCAUAACCUCAUGCCAUCGGCGCCGGAAGACGUGGGCGCAGACCCCAUCAGCCGGCUGUCCCACUCCCUCCAGCAGCUGGACAGAAUCGACUCCCUGAGCGAGCAGAUCUCCUUCCUCGAGGAGCGGCUGGAGACGUGUUCCUGCAAGAAUGAACUCUAACCAAAUGUCCAAAGAACUGGAGCAAGCAGAGCGCAUCCGUACCUCUUAUCUCACCUGCCAGCCCCAGGCUGGCAGAGAAGUCACAUAAUCUACAGGAAGACGCAGGGUAGCAGGAGAAGGCUGGUUUCCCAUCAGCAUCUCCGUCUUUUCCUCUUCAAACUCACCUUAUUGAAGGUCAUGCAGCUACUUCCAAACUGGACUUCUAACCCUCAGCAUCUCACCCCACUUCUGCUGGAGCAGCAGAGAAUAAAUGCCUUACCUCAUGCCGUUA